AUAAUUUUUGAAUUCAUGGAGUGAACGCUGUAGCGCUUUUUUUAAUAAAAUUGAUAAAUUUUUGGCGACAAAACUAUAUAAACGGUCGCGCUUUUACGCUUGUAUAUAUUUUUUAAAUAAAAUCAAAAAAAAUAACAUUUUGCCGCAGCAAAUAAUAAUAGAAGUGACAGUGUGCGUUUUUUUUAUUUUUUUAAUUUAUUGUUUACUUUAAGUAAAAAAAAACUUCAUAAUCCUGGCCGGAAGCAUAUAUCAAGUAUAGGAGCACAAAAUAGGAUUCUGUAAAUUGAUUGACUGUUAAUAAAUGCCAACUUAAUUGCAAAAGAAACGUAAAAUUAUUGCAAACGUAAACUGCAUCUUGUUUGGCAGGCGUGUUCGCUCGCCUCACUCGCCAUUUUUGAAAUUGUAAACUUUUUAUGUUGAGUUUGAAAAUUAACGGAAAAAUAUUUAACGAUUAUUAGAAAGAAUUAUAUGAAAACUCUGAGAAACUAUAUUUAAAAUUUGUGCAAAAAGUGAAAUAAUUUAAACAAAAUAAUUGGAAGCUAACUUCAAGCACCGUUGCCACCAUUGUGCCACCAAUCAAUUAACAAAUUUUAACAUAAAUAACACGCGUCGAAAUGUCACCAGCCGAGGAAACUUCAUAUACUGCCGAAGGCCCAAGUAAAAAAGCUAUAUGUACGAUGGCCUUCUUAAAGAUUAUAGAACUGUGCCUCAUCAUUUGUUGUGUGGGCUUAAUUGAUGAACCAGCCACCCAUUCGCAAUUGCGGGCUUUCGUAACACCACGCGUUUGCGCCAUAUGCUACUUAACCUUUGGCUGUUUCUUAAUUUAUACAGCAAUUUAUUUAAUUAUGGUUCUAGUUGGUGAAAUCUUGAACUGGCGUCACAAUGCUUUAUGGAUGUUUGUCGCAGUUACUUUAUUUGUGAUAUCCUCUGGUUUGCUGUUCCGCAACUGGUCCCAAAUGAAAGAAUAUAAUUAUUGGCAUCCAAAUAUGCAGAGAUUGGAUUUGGUGUUAGCAACCGCCUCGGUAUCUCUGGUCACUGCACUCAUUUUGAUUUUCGAUUUAUGCGUCACCGUUCGUUUUGGUAUACAGGGAGACUUGGAUUAACAUCGACGACUCUUUAUUAACAGCGAUAAACUUUUCUAGCACCAUUUUUAAUAAUCAAUCAGGAUCGUUAAUGCGACUUAUUGCAAUCGUUACAACAUAUUCGGAGAAUUUUUUUUCUUUUUAAUUAACAUCUAUCGUUAAUAGUGUUUAAAAUAACGCACUGUAAUAUUUACAGUUUUUAUAUGUUACGUAUAACAAAUUUCAUUUCUUUUUCAAAUAUUGAUUUCAUGUAUCCAUUAUCUGAGAAAGGAUUUCAACUGCAGCAGCAAAAAAAAAAAAGGGGCAUAAAAUUCUAUAUCAAUUUGAAUAUGUCCGUCUGUCUGCCUGUAAGUUCUCGUCACAAUAACUAAGAUAUCUGCUGCGAAUUGGCAAAAAAACAUUAAAAGUUGUUGGACACAGCUUGGUGUUGAAAAUUGGCAAAAUCGUACGCAGCUCACUGCCACAGCAAAAGCAAAAAAAUUAGUAUUCUGCUCGUAAUUAUUUGUAUACUCUUUUAUAUGGGAAAGGUGGCGGGUAUAAAAGAUUCGCUCAAGGCAAAAA